AUGUCUACCUCUGUAUCUACCAGGAAGAGACUUUCUGAGGGCCUAGCUGUGACGCAGAAGGUUUUCAUUCGGUCAAGAAACGGUAAUGCCACCAAGAUUGUGAGGGAACACUACUUGCGGAACGAUAUCCCGUGUCUUUCGACUGCCUGUCAGAAAUGCUCUGAGAUUGUUGUGCCGAAUGCAGCAAACGAAUUGCCCAAGUUUGUGCUUUCGGCGGACCCAAUGGCUAUUGGGCUCGGGAAACAUUACGUUGUGCUAGAUACAAAUAUUGUGCUUUUGGCGAUUGAUCUGUUGGAGAACCCAAGCUGUUUCUCGGAUGUCAUCAUCCCACAGAUUGUUUUGGACGAGGUCCGGAAUAGAUCGUACCCAGUUUAUCUCAGAUUAAGAGCUCUGUGUAGGGACAGUAACGAGACUAAAAGAUUUAUUGUCUUCCACAACGAGUUUUCCGAAUACACGUACAUCAACAGGCAAAAGGACGAAACCAUCAACGAUAGAAACGAUAGGGCCAUCAGGCAGACUUGUGAGUGGUACGGUGAACAUUUGAAGGAGACUGGGAUUAAGAUUGUACUAGUGUCAAACGAUAAGCUGAACAGAGAGGCAGCCAAAAGCCAGGAUUCUGAUAAAUACACCACUUUAAAUUUGAACAAGUACGUCGACGCUUUGCCAAACGGAGAAGAGAUUAAAGAUCUGAUUCCAAACGUGGAUCCUAAAACAGAGGCAUCUUUGAACGAGGAAGACCUGAAUGAAUUCACUUUCCCCGAGUACUAUUCUACCGCUAGAAUCAUGGGUGGUAUUAGAAACGGCGUUCUGUACCAAGGUAAUAUCCAGAUAUCCGAGUACAAUUUCUUGGAAGGUGCUGUGUCACUACCUAGCUUCUCGAAACCUGUUCUUAUUGUAGGACAGAUGAAUCUGAACAGGGCGUUCAACGGUGAUCAAGUUGUCGUUGAGUUGUUACCGGAAUCUGAAUGGCAGGCACCAUCUUCAGUGGCACUUGAUUCCGAACAUUUCGACGUCAACGAUAAUCCAGGUAAUGAAGGCGAUGAGGGAGAUGACGUUGUAGCCUCUAAAAACCCAAUCAUAUCAGACAAACAACGUCGUAUGUUGGCCAAGGACGCUAUCCAGGCGCAGAAAGCGCAGAAAGUUCGACCAACUGCCAGAGUUGUUGCCAUUACAAGAAGAUCGUGGAGACAGUACGUUGGUCAAAUUGCUCCUAACUCUGUUGACUUACAAACUGCCGGCACUCAGAAUGUGUUUAUAAUUUUGAUGGAUAAGUGCUUACCAAAGAUCAGAAUAAGAACGAGACGUGCCGCUGAACUGCUCGAUAAGAGAGUUGUAAUCUCAGUUGAUUCUUGGCCAGCGAAUUAUAAAUACCCAUUGGGGCAUUUUGUAAGAGAUUUGGGUACCAUUGAAUCUGCACAAGCGGAAACAGAGGCCCUACUACUUGAGCACGAUGUCGAAUACAGACCCUUCUCGAAAAAAGUGCUGGAAUGUUUACCGGAAGAGGGACAUGAUUGGAAGGCUCCAGUGUCUGUGGACGACAUUGAAGCUAACAAGGCAGACCCAUUGUUGGCCAAGAGGAAGGACUUGAGGGAUAAGUUGAUUUGUAGUAUUGACCCGCCAGGAUGUGUUGAUAUCGAUGACGCACUGCAUGCUAAGAAACUGCCCAAUGGUCAUUGGGAAGUCGGUGUCCAUAUCGCCGAUGUUACCCACUUCGUCAAGCCAGGCACAGCUCUAGACGCGGAAGGUGCGUCGAGGGGGACAUCUGUCUAUUUGGUCGAUAAACGUAUUGAUAUGUUGCCGAUGCUGCUGGGUACAGACCUAUGUUCAUUGAAGCCAUAUGUUGAUAGAUUUGCCUUUUCUGUGAUCUGGGAGUUGGAUGAAAAUGCCGAUAUUAUAAAUGUUGAAUUUCACAAAUCCGUAAUUAGAUCUAGAGAAGCAUUCGCUUACGAGCAGGCCCAGUUAAGAAUUGACGAUCCCAAACAACAAGAUGAGUUGACUUUAGGAAUGAGGGCUCUAUUGCAACUGUCUAUCAAAUUAAAGCAAAAAAGGUUAGAAGCUGGUGCUCUGAACUUGGCGUCACCAGAAGUUAAAGUCCAUAUGGAUAGCGAAACCUCUGAUCCAGGUGAAGUUGAGAUAAAAAAACUACUGGCGACUAAUUCAUUGGUCGAAGAAUUUAUGCUGUUGGCCAACAUUUCGGUUGCAAGAAAGAUAUAUGAUUCCUUCCCUCAGACGGCAAUGCUGAGGAGACACGCUCCUCCACCGGCAACAAAUUUCGAGAUCUUGAAUGAAAUGUUGCAGAGAAGAAAAAAUAUGUCGAUCUCAGUGGAAUCUUCGAAAGCGUUGGCAGACUCGUUGGAUCGCUGUGAAGAUCCAAAGGAUCCGUAUUUCAAUACAUUGGUGAGAAUUAUGUCAACGAGAUGUAUGAUGGCUGCACAAUACUUCUAUUCGGGAGCUUACUCUUAUCCUGAUUUCAGACAUUAUGGUCUAGCUGUGGAUAUAUAUACGCAUUUUACCUCUCCCAUUAGACGUUACUGUGAUAUUGUGGCACACAGACAACUUGCCGGUGCGAUUGAUUAUGAACCUCUAAGUUUAGAUCACAGAGAUAAGCACAAAAUGGACAUGAUCUGUAGAAACAUCAACAGGAAACACAGAAAUGCCCAAUUUGCGGGUAGAGCAAGUAUAGAAUACUACGUUGGCCAAGUCAUGAAGAACAACGAAUCUUUGGAAUCCGGUUAUGUGAUAAAGGUGUUCAAUAACGGUAUUGUUGUACUGGUUCCUAAAUUUGGUGUUGAAGGUUUAAUUAGGCUGGAAAACCUGACAGACGACACACAUUCCGCUGAGUUUGAUGAAGUGGAAUAUAAACUUACAUUCACAUCAAAAGACUCUAAAAAUCGGAGAGAAGUAUUUGUUUUUGAUCAAGUGCAAGUGCAAGUUAGAUCUGUCUUGGAUCCAAUCACAAACAAACGUAAGGCUGAACUAAUAUUGAAAUAA